AUGCUUCGCGUCGCGAUAGCCCUCUGCACGCUUGCGAGGCACAGCCUUGCUGACGAGUCAUGGCAGGACACGCCGAUUUUGACAUCUUUGUGGCAAGCGACAUCCAGCAAGGACAACGAUGCCAUUGAUAGGCUUCUGGACAGCAGUGAGUCAGCAGUGUCCGCGCGAUCCGGCGAUGGACGCGGUCUUGCCUGGUGGGCAUGGGAGUUUCAGAAUGAGUAUGUCCUGGCAUCCAUCAUGGUGAAUGGUGGUGACGUCUUGUCUGAAGACGAGGACGAAGCAGGCAAGCCUGCCUUCCACAUGUGCUCCGACAACUCCGACUGUGACAAGGAUAGCCUGCUGCAAAAGGCCAAGGGUCUCGUGGAGGAGGUCAAGAAGGCCAAAGAGCUGCGUGCAGCUGAGCGUGAGAAGGAGGAUUUCGAUGAUGAGGACGAAGAAGAGCUUGGGGACGAUGAAUUCUGA